AGCUGUACCCAAGGCAACAUCGUUUGGUAAACAUGUAGUUGUAUAGCACAAAGCUGUGCUCCAGAAUUAAGGUUAGUUGAUAUCAAUCAGCAAACAGAGAGCAGCGAGUACUACUAAUCAAGCCACGGUGGCACUUUGGCUGAAAACAAAAAGAAGAAACUUCCGUAGGCGCCAACAUGUGCACCCACUGACCUCCAGGGCCAGCCUGAUAAGACGCCGCCCAGGAGCUCCACUCAACGCAGCUGUCGUCGAAUUGGUACCAAAUAAUUGAUGUUAAUUGGUUUCAGAACAUAUUCCACCUAUUGAAGCGUAAGCAGUUCCUCUGGUGGUUCCCGUGUGCUGUAAAAUUCUUGCAAAAAUAGAAAAUAAAUGGAAUUGAAAGUCCACCGAUCGGAGCUGAAGUUAGUAGCCGUUGCCGCCGUUGAGGGCCAAAGAUUGCGAAUUAAGCCGAAGCCGGAAGAAAGGAGAAAACAUUUUACGGAGGCAGGUUCGGUGAAUUGAGACCCUGGCUGCGACACAAGCAAAGUGAAAUAGAAACGAAACCGUUAGUUUUCCUGGUGUUUCGGAAAAUCACAGGAACUUAACCGAGAUAUCGUGAGAAGCAACCGCUCUCCUAUCGGCUCUUGGUAAGAAGAGGUUCCAGUUACAGGCAACAUGGCUCGCCAUAUAAUGGCGGUGUGUGUCGUGUGUCUGCUGUGUGCAGAUCACGUGCGUUGUAAACAGCAUUUUAGCGGUGUAGACCAAGCGUCAAGCGUAGAACGUAUCAAGUACGAUCGCACGAUCAAUCCCGCCAUCGACCACGAACAGCGAUGGUUACCAUACGGCGAGUACGAUACGUCGUUGCACCAGCGACAGGAAGAGACAAAUGGAGAUCAUCGGAUAGUCAAGCGUCAUUCUCAUCAUAAUCAUGCUGCCGAGGAGAAAAAGCACGGGGACGAGGAGGAUCAACGCGAGGAGUUCGAACGAAAGCUGAAUCCGAUGGUAAAGGAAUUUGUGAUGAAAAUAUUUGCCGAAUUCGGUAAUCCCGAAACGAUGCAAAUGGAUGGAAAAGGGUUCGAGCGUAUGAUCGAUCGAUUAGGUUUAUAUCAAAUGAUUGGUGGCGAAGUUGGUGCUAAAAUAACGACGAGCAGUGUGAGUGCGACUGACAGCGAUCGGCAGCAAAAGGAUCCUAAUAAAUGUUUGAGUAGUGCAGAAUUCCUGAAGCGUGUUACCACCGUGAAGGUACCAUCGGAAGAAUGGCAUAAGGAAGAAUACACUGCUAGUAAAGAUAGUGAAGCUGAUAACGCAACGCAGCAGCACAACAGUAGCGACCAUAGCAUACAAAGCAACACUAGUGUAAACAACGAAAGUAAUAGUAAUACUAAUAGUUCUAAUAACGAUCAUCCCAUCGACGAUCACCACCACCAUCAUGAGGAGGAGUCUAGUGAAAAUACUGCAAAUAAUGCUUCGCAGCAGACUAAUGGAGGAAUCAGCAGAUUCGACAGUCGUGAUUUGUACAACAUAUGCCCGUUGAUACUAUCGCGAUUACUCGCGGAAGAUCCGCUAGCUCGAGCUGGAUGCUUCACGCCGGAUAGUGUUCCUGAGCUGCAGACAAGCAGCAGCCAUCAUAUUCAUCACCAUGAUAGUGAGCAUUCGCAUGAAUUGGCUGUUUGGGUAUACUCUUUUCUAGCCAUCCUCGGUGUUAGCCUGUGCGGGUUGCUCGGUGUAGUGGUAAUACCUUGUAUGGAUAAACACUUUUACCACCAUGCGCUCCAGUUCCUGGUCGCGUUGGCCGUCGGUACGCUUUGUGGGGAUGCGUUGCUGCAUCUAUUACCGCAUGCCAUGUUUCCUGAUGGGCUUUCGCUGGAAAAUGCACACGAUCAAAUGAUGUACAAAGGAUUGGCGUCGGUAUUUGGGAUUGUGUUUUUCUACUUUAUGGAACGACUGUUAACCAUGAUCGCAGAAUGGUACAAAGGACGAGAGAAAAAAGAUAAGCCCUCAUCCCGUGUGCGCGUAAUGCGCGAUCCGGAGUCGAAUUCGUUGCAUCUUGCGGCCGGCAGUGGAGAGAAGCAAUGCAAGCACAAGUACAGCGCCUAUCCGUACUGUUACGAUGAAAUCGCUAUGGAUACUAAGGACGAUCACCACGAACACAACCAAGUGAACGAGAACCACAACAAUGUGCUGGCCAAGUGUGCCAAUAGUCAUGGAGAUGAGCAACAACAGCAACAGCAACAUCAGGGUAACGAACAUAUUCCGCUGAAUCACAACAACAGCACUUCAUCGGUUGCGAAUAACCAUCGUCACGGCGGUACAUCCCAUGACGAAACGAUCCACACAACCAGUAACAGCAUCGACAACAACACGGUCUCAAGCAACCUGGACGAUGGUUCGAUUGAAAGUGGAGAGCCACAAACGGUUAUCCCACUGAAAACGGAAGCAACGAAAAAACUGCGAAAGGAGAACUAUACCAUCAUAUUGCGGGAACACGAGACCAAACACCACGGCCAUUCGCAUACUCAUGGACACGUACAUUCGCCACCGGGUUCGUUGUCGGCCGUCGUCUGGAUGGUUAUUAUGGGCGAUGGGUUGCAUAACUUUACCGACGGUAUGACCAUCGGAGCAGCCUUUGCAAAUAAUAUAGCUGGAGGAUUCUCAACCGCGAUUGCAGUUUUCUGCCAUGAGCUACCGCACGAGCUCGGAGAUUUUGCCGUGCUGCUGAAGGCCGGUAUGUCCGCCAGAGAGGCCGUAUUCUACAAUCUGCUGUCGUCGGUGCUCAGCAUUUUCGGCAUGAUACUCGGAAUCAUGGUCGGUCAUCAACCGCAAGCUUCGGCCUGGAUUUUCGCUCUCGCUGCCGGCAUGUUCCUCUACAUAGCAAUGGUGGACAUGAUUCCUGAACUGACUUCCUCGCAUGGGGCCGAAGAACGAUGCAAACUUUCUGAUUUUGGUCUACAGUUAUUAGGAUUAGUGGUGGGUUUCGGUAUUAUGCUGCUAAUAGCUAUAUACGAGCACGACUUAAUGGAGAUCUUCGUUCAUUGAGUCGCAGCACCAUUGCAGCACCAUCAAAUACUUUUACUCGGCCAAGUGUAAGCAAACUUAGCGAUAGCUAUGGACUGAUAGAUUUGAUGGCCGAUUAGGAGCGAUUGAAAUUCAACUCUUUUUGUUGUUCGUUUACGUUGGAGGCGUGAAAGAUUAAUGUGCAUGCAAGAGUGCUUAUCAGAAAAUUGCUCUCCUGUCCUGGUGCUGCGCACUAAAUCCUAUAAAUUCUUCUCUUAUCUAAAUCAGUCAGUUCUAGAACUACUUUGCUACCAAAUAGUCUGAUGGAGGCAAAAGCAUCCAUACCCGAAACAGCAACGAUUGUACAGCGUGAAUUAGCGGUUAUCAGUAAUGCCACGAAUUGAAAAGCAGCUAUUAUUCAUUAAUUUUAGGCACGUCGAAAGAUUGUAGAAUUUAGCUUUACUGAAGAAAUGAUCAAAGGGGAACUGGUUGGGUUCCACGUUAUCGCAGCAUUGUCAGGAAGGGCCGGAGGGAUUGCUCAGCAAUCAUCAGAAUGUCUAGAAAAGCCAAAUCGAUUUUCAUAUUUCAUGAACGAUGUGAUCGCUACGAUAUGAAGAAAAUCUACUGUAUGCAGGGCCAAACUGAUGCCGAUAAUUCUAUUAUUUUGCUCAUAUCUCUAAACUAGCAUGGCCGGUCAUCAUUUGGCGUUCAAGAAUGAUUAGAACACGAUUAGCGAAACACUGCAUCUUGCCUCCUACUGCGGUGUAGUGAGAUGUUUUUGGGUGUUUGCUUUGAUUGCUCUUGAGUGGAAAUGGAUAAGAAUCGACAGGAAAACAAUGCAUUGAGAUCAGCUGAAAUAAUUAGCUAUUCAUCAUCAUACAUAUAUAGAUACAAUUUUACAGGAGGGAAACCAUCUGAUAACAAAAGUAUUACCCAACGUUCUGAGUACAGUUUCUGGUAUGAACGUUGGGCAAUUUAAGAGCUGCAUGAGGUUGCAACUGCACCUCUCCCGUUGCCCGAUGUCGUGAGCGAAUCAUUUUGGUUCGCUCGUUGUCUCUUCAGCCUCUGCCAAUACAGUGAAGCAUUGAACAUUAGGCGUAUAUACGUACAUUAUGUGAAUCAUUUUUCUACUAUUCUUUUUACUAUUAGCCCCAUUUUAUGCAAUUCUUUCAAAUCCCCUUUCCGUAGUGUACUAGCUCCUCUAGCACCGGCUAGCAAUUUCCUUUACAAUACAUUUAAUAAGCCAACAGAAGGAGAGAUCUGAUAACAGAUCUAAGAGAACUCAAUCACCCUGCUAAAAUGGACUUUCUUAUCAAGCAAGAAACCCGUUAAAGCUCGAAUCUCGGAUGUGCGUUCACAUCUGUCCAUCAUAUCUACAAAACACAGCUUCGCAUAGAAAUAUACACAAUGUAAAUGAACCACUUCAUGGUUGAAACCAUCAGCUGUUCCCCCGUUUUAGCUUAUGUUGCGAUUACCAAUCUGGCCGAUUUAUUAGAUUAUCGCGUAGAUUAGAUUGAUCAUCGUCCUGGCUCGCGUCAAUCGGAAAGGAGUACUUUAUCUGAACUAUUAUAUCGCAUGGUGUGUGGAAUUAACAUGAUCUUAAGCGGAACGCGUAGACUUGUGUAUCAGCAAGUCGAAAUCGAGCAUUGCUAUCGUUACUUUAGUUAGUUCCUAAGUAGAAUAACAAAUUUUUGUGUAAAUUUAGUUUUAAAGGGUUUUGUUGUCUUUUUGUUUGAGGAAUUUCCGUCUAGCAGAUCGGGCAAUGAGAGAAUACGUUUGAAAAGGAAUUAAAAAACAAAUGAAGGAAACUGGAACCAUUAAAAACAAUAAAGAUUUCACCUAAACUAUU